UGGCGAGUCUGUGCAAGAGGCAGCAAUGUAUGAUCGAGAGACGCGGCAUUCGACAGGAUCUUGAUUCAUGGCGGUAUAAACUUAUUCAAUGUGUAGGUUUUGAGAGCAUUUUGGAAGGAUUGUUUGGGUCAAGGCUGAUAGAGGACCUUAGAUUAUUUAAAGAUUGUCAGCCUGAAGGUGUGUCAGAUUGGUCAUUUGAUGAAAAUUGUCUUUUCUGCUGCUUAAGACGAGAGAAAGUCAAGGAACACCUACUUGGCCUGAACAACGACAGUUUGGGCAGUGUGGCAAGACCAUUGUCCUUCAUUAAAGACCAAUUUAAUAUCAACAACCUUGAGAGGGAAGCAGAGGAAUUCCUCAAUGCAGUCUUGCACAGGAAAGACAUCCCAAGCUUCUCAGACCCGGACAUUCCUGUAGUGGCUCGCGAAAUAAUGCAGCGAAUGAUCCGUCAGUUCGCUGCCGAAUAUACCUCAAAAACCAGCUCUGCUCAGGGCACGCCCCAGCCCAACGGCACCUCGGACCAAAGCCUGCUGACCACACACUCCCAAACACCGGCUCCCGCGGCUCCCUCGGCUCCUGCGGCUCCUGCGGCUCCUGCUCUGGCCACCCUCACCUCGGCCAGGAACCCGGUCCUCAGCCAGCUUCUUAUGGCGGAGCAGGAAGCUCCCCUCGACCUCACAGUCAAGAGGCCCGACGCUAUUGUCUGUGAGCAAGAUGGUGUCCUUGAUCUCUCAACCAAGAAAAACCGGAACAGAAUCGCUGUGUCAGUCAGAACCCCUGCUGCGCCUUUGGUUAAGGGUGACUCUCGCAACCUGGGUCUUGCUUAUGCAAGAGAUCUACAGUCCACGUCUGAUCUAGAGCGAUUUAUGGCCAAGCUUUGUUUGCAUCACCAGCGUCAGAUUGUUGACGCACUGGGAUAUUUGGAGACUGAAGUCAAGGCUUCGACCAGUGUUCCACAUGUGUCUGUAAGAGCAGUCCCAGAUGAACGGACACCUGUGAGUGCUGGUCAAGAAAGCUCAAAGACCCAACAUCCUGAGAGAAUCCUUGCACUUUCCGCCAAAGCCAAAUGCAAAGCAGAGUUGUUGGAAUCAGCAAUUCAGGGGAACAGCAAAAAGGUAGCAUUAGAAAAAGACACUUACUUUCCUGAUUCACACAAUGUCAGUGGGGGUGGGAGUUCACUUUUGGAUCUUCGUAAAGAUGGGAUUGAGGGUGGCAACAUUUUGUCAUCUCUUCUCACUAGUUCACAUGAAUAUGAAACUGUAAGCCACCAAUAUCAGUCACCACAUGGACUUAGCAGUACCAACUCUGUACGUCAAUCACAAGCUAAAGAUAAGAUAUCAAGUGGUCAUCAUCUCUCUAUUGACUCUUUAGAAGAACAGCAGUGUGUCUCUGACACUGUACUACAUUGUACAACAAGUAGCAGCGAAUUAGAGGUCAUUGGAGUGUCCCCAUCUUAUGAUGGGCAUGAAUUCUCAGAACAUCUUAAACACUCCAAUCAAGGUUUUCCAGGACAUACCAAAGAUAUCUCAACCCACCAAUCACUAGUCCUGAGGCCUAACACACCCAGAACAGCUCGAAAAAGCAGACGAGGAUCCUUCCCUCGAACAAAGGAUGGUUCUGUUUGUCGCAUUGAUCCUGAUAGUCAUUGUGACAUUGUUUAUAUUGGGAAAUCAAUAACGGAGUGUCAGUUAGAGCCUUCGAACCGAAUGUUACCACGACGGAAUGCCAGGAAGAGCAUAAGAGGGCACAUGUCUACUGAAGAUUACCUGGAACUCCGAACCGUACGAACACUGGCCAGGAAGUCAGCAGAAAAUGGAAGUGGCAAUUGUCCUGCACCAAUGUCCAUCACCACAUUAGUCACUCCAAAACAGGCCCUUGCCAAGCCUGAUGGGGUCCCCCCAGUGGACAUGCCACUUGCAGGAGGUUGUGGGGAAUCCAUACAGCAGAUGACACCAUCAGAGACUUCAGUGGAGAACGAAAUGCUUGGUGAUGUGUCGACCAAUGUGAAUGAUGUAGAUGUGAUUGUAGAAACAAGUCAGACAGGUCAAACAACAUGCCAAGACAAGGUAGACGCUUACCCUGAAAUUUCAGCACCAGUAGCAGCUCAGAAGAGCAGUCUGUCUGAACAAGAUGAGGUUUUAUGCACUGCAGAGCCACUUUCCGAGCAGUCAAUGGAGCUACCUGCUCCAGAUGAUGGAAACAAGGCAGAUAUUGCACCAAUUAGUGAAAAUGUUGAAAAUGUAGAGCCAGUGAUGGAGAUGACUAAAGAGGAUUCACCAUGUGCACAGUCCCCUAAGCCGCAUUCUGUUUCAGAUGACAUUGCCAUUGAUGAACCUUGUGUCGGAAAUGAAUUGUCAUCAGUUGCACUGGAGGAGGACCUCAACUUGAAAGAUAAAGAAACAAAUAUAGAGUUGAUGGAUCAGAAUACCAACCUAGACAUUUCAGCUAAAGUAGUAGGUCAUUCUGAAACUUCAGAAUUAGAGAAACAGACCUUUGAUAAUGUCACUCAAAAUGAUGAGGUGUUAGAUGAACAAUCUGGCAUUGAAACAGAAUUGAACAUCGUCCGUAACAGCAAUGAAACAGAGGAAGAAGUAGUUGAGCCCUCUAGUGAAUAUACUUGCUCAGAUACUCCCCCAGAAACAUAUAUGGACAAAGAAGUAUUGAGAGAGGUUUUGAGUUCACCAGAGAGUAAAAAACAGAAAAAACGCAGAAAUGUAAGGACCUUUGGUAGCUCUGAUAGACGAUUGCGCAGUAGGGCCUCUGGUGUUGAAGAGAUAUCCGUGACCCCUGAGAAAAACGAUCAGAUCGUGUCAGCACAAGUCUCUGAUUCUGUUACUGAAGAACGCAAGACUCCUGAGACAAAGCGCCCUUUGAGAUCUGUUAAGGCAAAACUAUUAGAAAGUGAUGUAUCUAACAGUGAAGCUCAGGACAGUAAAGUGGUUGGUAAAGAACAAACACAACAGUCUAACAUUGAUCAAUUAGACAAAACAGCUGAUUCAAGUCCCUGUGAGAACCCAAUAGCAGAUCAGGUGGUGCAGACUAGAAAGAUGCUUAGGUCAAUGCACAGGCAGGCAGUUGAUGAAGAGGGAGAACAGAAGGCAGUCCCCCCAUUAGUAAACGUUACUGAUGUUCCAAUUUCAUCAACCAAAGAGCUAAAAGAGAAGGAAAUGGUUGCAGAGAAGGAAAUGGUUGCGGAGAAGGAAGUGGUUGCUGAGAAGGAAGUGGUUGUUGAGAAGGAAAUGGUUGCUGAGAAGGAAAUGGUUGCUGAGAAGGAAAUGGUUGCGGAGAAGGAGAUGGUUCCGGAGAAGGAAACGGUUCCGGAGAAAGAAAUGCUUGCUGAGAAGAAUAUGCUUGCCGAUAAGGAUAUGCUCGCUGAGAAGGAUAUGCUCGCCGAGAAGGAAAUGCUCGCCGAAAAGGAAAUGCUCGUCGAGAAGGAAAUGCUUGCUGAGAAAGAAAUGCUUGCUGAGAAGGAAAUGCUUGUAGAGACCGAGAAGUCACUUUCAGAGAAGUCUGAACAGACAAGACUGGAAGAUUCGCAUGCCUAUGACCCUCCCAGUAAAGAUGGUCUUAUGGAGCCAGUUAGUCUUCAGUCAGACCCCUCUCGUGUGACUACCCCUACUAGAGUCUCAGCACGUAUGCCUUUGAGAAGUAGGAGUGGCCCUAUGGAAGACAGCAAGAAUCAAGCUAUUGCAAAGUCUUCUAUGGAAAAGUCCGGACACAUGCCUCUAAGAAGUGCAGGUACCAUUGUAGCUGAGGAAACACCUGUGGAUUCCCAAAGUACCUCCAUAAAUUCUGCUGAAGAGAAGUCAAGGCACAUGCCAUUGAGGAGCCGGAGUCACGGUGUUGACAGUGAUAGCAGUUCUUCCACUGGAAAUCCCCCUGAGAAUUCUGGACGUAUGCCCUUGAGAAGUAGCAGAUCUAUUACAGCCCCCCAGCCCAUGAGCCCCACAACUUCAGCAAGGGACAGGAAAGCUCAGAGAUCUCCCAGGCCGACAAAAUCUGGGGCUGUGUCCUCAGAUUCUGAACAGAACCUUACAGGCUCGCCUCCUAAACCUAGAACUGAAAAGAUUAAGCAGGGUGUAAGAAAGGAACCUGUUAUGCCCAUCAUUUUACCUAGUAUUCCAAACCCUGGACCUGUGGUACCAAAUCCCUCAAAGUUCUUAGAGGCCCUUACAGGAGAAGAAAACCAACAGCUAGUCAUGAACCUGAAUACCAAGUUUGACAAAAUGCAAAAAGGAUGGGUCCAUGUGGACAAAGAGGGGCCCCAAACACCAAGAUCAAGGAACAAAGCAGACAGACUGAAAGACAUCUGGAAGAGUAAGCGAAGAACUCGAAAACCCAGAUCAUUAGAACCACAUAAGUUUUCCCCUGUACAGAUGCUUUUUAUGAAAUCUUUUGAUUUGCCAAGCAUCUGUCGCUGGUUCUUGCAGACUACAGAAACAAAGUCGCUUGUCAUUGUUAAAAAGGUGAACACUCGACUUCCAUCUGAGACACAGCUGUGCUUUCACAGUUCGUCCUCUAUGGCAGGGACGUCACAUGGCGUACAUAUGCAGGCUGAACGUUUGAAGAAACACCUGAAAAAGUUUGCCAUGGCCUCCCCGGUCAAGAGCAAUGCCAAGAGUCAGAAGCUUAUUGCUGAGGCAUUGGAACUAGAACCUGUACCUGUUUGUAUAAAAGCUAAAGAAAAAAGGCAGUUAACCACUGCUACUCGGAUGUCCACCAAGCCUCAGAGUUUCAGGGGUGUAGCACAGUCCACUGACAGCCAGAAGACCUCAGGUGUUGUGAGAAAUCCAACUAGUGCCAGGAUUCUGAGGAAGUACUCCCAUAUACGGGAGAAAAUGCAAGGACAGCAUAAGUCAAAGAAACUCAAAGAUCAGAAGGCCGAACCUCACAAAGGGGCAUCCAAGCAGAAGUUGCCCUCAGUAAGCCAGCAGAAACUGGCGCUCUCAAAGAAAAGUGGGGGUAAAGCCUCAAAUGUUUCCAAGAAAGAAAAGGCACAGCAGUCCCCCAUGACUAAAAAGAGUGCAACAAGGCCUACUGGUAAAGAAAAGGUCACAAAGACCAGUGCAAAAGCAUUGAAGGAACCUGCCCGUAAAGACGGCCCUGCACCAAAGAGGCCUCAGCAGACAUCAAUGUCCCCCAAACCACAGAACAAGCCACAGAGGACCACAACGGCUACAGUCGGGAGUCCAAAAGGUAGCACAAACAAAAAAGACAAUUUAGCAGGUGAAAAAUCUCAGCAAACUGCAAUCAGUGACUCUAAGGCAGAUGCAAGGAAGCCAGCACCUACGAAAGUCUCUGGGAGCUUGGUCUCCCCUUCACAGUGUUCUGAGCCAUCAGUCUCACAAGACCAAGUGCUAACAAGGUCUCAGAGAAAGAUCGAGGCUGCUCAGCGUCUGAGCGAGUCUCCCAAGUCUGCUACAAAGAGAGCCCAAGAACCUGUUGUAACUCCAGUGAAACGUACUAGGACAUCACUCUCGAAAACAAAUUGAAAAAAUGCAGACAGACUGCCAUUUUGGGAAGUAUUGGUGACCACUCUUAGACUGAGGACUGAGAUAGUCAUGCAGUAUAUGUACCUUCAAAGUUUGCUCAUAAAUCCUUUUUUGUCCCUUUUAAAUGGGUGGGCAGGAGGACAUGCUUGAAGUUUUUUUAAUAUAUAUAUAUAUAUUAUAGAUAUAUACAUGUAGAGAGAAGAAAAUAACUUGGCAAUGUUUUUGCAGUUAUGAAGAUGUAAAUAUCGAAGAGAGUUAUUUAAAUUCAGUUUUGCCAUUUUGAUGCUGAAUGUUUUUGUGAUGUUCCCAUAUAAACAAUGUGACCUGCUGCUGAGGGGCAUACUCCUCUAUCCCCUAGAGCCGUGUAGCGCUUCCAAGUUAGGGCUGCACAUGUACAUUUGGUAGGCUUUAAGAAGAUUCUUAUUUACAUAGCGGUUAGUCAGUUGAAUAACAUGCAUAUCAUCAAACAUUCAAAAAGCCAUGACUGAACAGUUAAUGAAAUGAGUAAAUUUCACGUCUAAGUGACUGACUUUUUUUUUUUUUUUAAGUAAUGGGUGCUUGAAUUUAAACUAUCACCCGCAUCUUUUCAUGGUAACAUUUGCAGCCCUACUGAUGGUGGUGUGGGAAUUGGAUCAGGUGCCUUAUUUGUCAGUGUGAUGUGGUAGACUAUUCCUGGAUAGAGAGCCUCACUUCUUGGCCUGUUGCACAGGCAUGUACUGUAGGGAACCCAAGGUUAUUCUCAUGCACAGCCCGGUUGUUUUCCUGUAUUUGCCACCCACCCCCAUGUUUUAAUCAUAACUCUUUACAAACAUGGAUAAAAAACAUUGUUUAACUUAUGACCUUUACCAUGGAUACAUUUUUUUCCAUUUUUUCUUUCAUUUUUUUUUUUUUUAAAGUGAGAACAGUAAAGCAAGCAUUAACAGUAGAUUGUGUUUUCUAUUAGAUUAAUGGAGUUAUUUGACAGUGGUUACAUUUUGACCCUUAUGUUUCUUGACCUCAGAUUGUUAAACCUUGGCAAUAAGUACGUUAUCCUUUAACAACCUCUCCCGUCCAUACUCUUGGUCCAUCUGAGAAAGUCAUAAAAAUGAAAAAGAAAAAAAAGAUUGCACACUUCUUCCUUUAAAGUAGGGCACACUUAAGCAUUCUAAUUUCCCCCAAAUUACAGGCUUGGUAUCAUUAUUCAGAAAGCAUUAUUAUACCCUAUUUUUGGAGCUCUUCACAUAAAACGAAAUGUCAUUGUGUCAGAAGCAUUAAUGUACUGUCUUUUUCGCUAACUUCAAUUCUACAGCAUUGUGGUUUUCCCCUGUAAAUAUGUGCUUUUCAAUUGCUCGUUAAACCACUGAAGCUGUUUUUCUAAUACAAAACGCUGUAGCAUAUUGCUUGAUUGUGCAUGCAGUCUUUUGUAAGGCAGCCCAACCAGUUUCAUAAUUUUAUUUCUGGACACCCCCAGGUUUUCUUAAGUCCAAUUUAUAAUGCUAUGCAUGUACAGACCUACCAUGGUAAGCUGAAUUCUACCAAUUCUAUUCACAUAAGAUGUAAGAUAUGGUCCAGAACAUUGAUAAUGUACAAACUUCUUUGAAGAUGGUUCACCAAGGACACUUGUUAAAGACCACAUUUUGUGCCAGAGUCUUUUUUUUUUUUUUGCCAUUCCCCAGUGGAUAUGUGUUAAGUUAUUUAGAGUUCUAAUUUAAAUUUUGCUGUAACAAAUAUGAACUAUAGAUGGCUUGCAGAAAAAUAUGCUAUCAGAUACUUUGAUUCUAUGAUGUUCUUUCAGGAGAGUAAAAAUGUGUGCUCAGUCUGUAUCUGUUUAUUUUCCUUUCAAAGAGAACCAACUUUUCACGGCUACGUAUUUAUUUAGGAGAAUUGUGGUUGCUAACAAAUGGCCAUUAUUUCCUGUUCAAAAGGUGUCAUUCAGUAUUUCCUGAAAUAACAUUUCAGAGUAUUUGGAAACAUGUAUGUAUUUUGUAUUUUGGGGAACAAAUUUAUUGUACUAUUUUCAGCAGUAGCCUGGUCUCUGUAUCCAUACUUUGGGAAAAUAAAUAAAUAGCACAGUACUGUCUAA